AUACAAGCGUUUAUGUGUAGCAUCGCUUGUCCAUUGUCCCUUUGCCAUCCGAUCGCACGAACUUGGUGGAUCGAGUGCAGCUUUGGCUGGCACAGAUUCGGGCAUGCUUUUUUUCCGAUUCGUGCCUGCAUGGGGUUGCGAAUGAUUUGCAGCAUGCCUACGUGGCUGCGCACCCGAACGCAUAUCUUUGCAUAACGUUGCCUACGCUGGUGCCGUAGACUUUCCUGCUGCUGGAUCGGGGCCGCUCGCCGACGGGUGCAUGAAGCCUUCCCGCACCCCGAUCUUGGUGCUUGCCGCAGGUCAGUCCGCGUUGUCCGGCCUCUUGGUGAGUGAGCUACUGUGCGAAACAGUUCGAGGCCGCAGGGUUGUGCAUCGUCACUGCAUGUAUGCUCGGUUUUGUGGUCACUGUCGUUAAUUCAGGUUCAGUGCCCAGUUUGGCUCAAUCCAUGCAGGCGCGAACCGAAUCGUGCCACACUUCCUUGACGGAGUCAUUGCGGGCGUCUCAGUCCUUGUCGCAGUCUUAGAAUGGCGGCGGCCGCCUUCGCCGCGGUCCUGACUUCGGCCCUCAGCGCCUUCGCCUUGAAGGUCCAGCAGGAACCGGGGCAUGAGCAGCUGUCGUUGAUCCAGGCGCAGGAUCCGGGGCAGGAACAGCUGUCGUUGAUCCAGGCACAGAAGGUGCCGUUAGAAGACCCGAAGCCAGCUGACAUCACGGCUUGGUCUGACGGCCCCAAGGUCGUGGGGCCGAAGGAUCUUCACCACGUGCAGAUCAACAGUUCCAGGGGUAGUCACACCAUUGGCGUCGAGGCGUUCCAUUGGUCCGUGGACUUCGAGAUGUCGGGCGCCCUUCUAUCUGGGAAGGGCUGGGGAGAAAACCUCACCAGACAGUUGUGCAGCGACUACCAGGCAUACGGUGACGUCGGCAAUAUCCUCGAUGUCGGAGCGAGCAUUGGCGCCAUCACUAUUCCGCUGGCAGACUGUCUGACAGGCAAGGGCAAGGUUCUGGCUGUGGAAGGGAUGCCGCCCACCGUGGACCAUCUCGUGAUGGGUAUUCUUGGCAACAAGAUGAAGAAUGUGGAGGUGUACAACUUCGCCGUGGGAGCUUCGGACGAUCCUGGAUCGGUGACCAUGUCCCUGAAUCCGGUCGACAAGGGCGGUUCGGCAGUGAAGGGCGACAAGCCGUUCACUGAGCUGAUCGGCUUCCAAGCCAUGCAUGAUUUUUUCAAAGCCAACGUGGCAGUGAAAGACUUCGAGGUGAUGCUGACCACUGGGGAUAAUAUGCUCUUGAACAACCCAGCGAUGAAGGCGAUCAUGAUGGCCAAGAUUGACAUCGGGGGCCACGAGGGCCAUUUCCUGAAGGGUUCCCAGAUCCUCUUCACGCAAUUCCCGCCCUGCUCCGUGACUAUCGAGCUGACGCCAGAGUGGCUCGAGCGCGCUGGCACGCCUGUCCAAGAUAUUCUUGACCAAUUUACCAAUUGGGGCUACGUGGACGUCCCCACCGUCGAGCACCUGAAUGUCACCCAGAACAGGAGGGAGAUGUUCUCAGCGUCAGUGUCAGAUCCACCCGUCACGUCAAUGAUCCAGAAAGACAUGCAGAAGUGCAGGGAACGCGUGAAGUCUUGCGCCUCUGGGGGUGAGUGUCCCCGGAUUGAGCUUCCGCGCGCAGUUCCAGUCACGGAUCCAGCCUCCGAGCCAGGAGAUGCGACAACAGAAGAGGCUCCCGUGAUGUUGAAUUCCGCUCGUGCAGAUGAGACAACGCAGUCCGUGUCUGUCGUGGUGGACGAGAGCAGUGCGGCUCUUAAGAUGGGGGAGAAGCCUCCGUCUUCCAAGCGCAAGAAAGCGCGUUCAAUCUGAGAGCACUGAGUUUGCCGCAGACUUCGCGAUUGAUGCAUCAUCCUCAGCAUCAUAAUCGUUAUCAUUGUUUUAGCUUUUUAUUGGAGAGGCUUUACGGCCACUGCAGCUGACCCUGGACGACGACGACGAUGAAGAUGUUGACGUUGUUCGCAAUGCCAGGCGAGAGCGUGGAUGUUCGAGACGUGCGAUCAGGAACGCGUUGCAUUGUUCGCAUCACAAAGGUUUACCCGCAGAACUUUGACCGCCAGAGUUCCAUACCUCACUGCUCGGCGUCUGCGAUGGCUCAGAUUCUCGUUGGUUUUAUGCCGUUGGGAGCCGCUGGAAGCCGCCAGGCUUCUGCAAUCCUCGGAGGUUUUGGUUCGACAUCGGCCUGCAGGAGCCGGUCGCUGCAACCUGUGGGCCUCAAAAACAGAUCCGUGGGUAAAUUAUCCUGAAUAUUGACCGAGAUCGACAAGGAGCUCUUGAGUAGCAUGCUGGAGCAUUUGUGCAAUCGGGACCAGUGGCCAGAGUGCUACUGCGGCAACAUUCUGGGCGUUCCACG